GUUAAUAAUAAGCUAUUGCUAUUUUCUGGGUUUUGGGGUGCUAUUGAAUGAAAAUAUUCAGUACUUAACGAUUGAGAUCUCUUUCUGAACAAAUUUACUUUCAAUGUCACAGCGCGUGAAAGUUAGUGUCCUUAUCGAUUUCAUUUGUGAACCUUUUGUUAUAGAGAUUCUACUAGAGAAUUUCUCCUGCUUGUUCUAGGCGCACAAUCAUUUUUAUCUGUCAUCAUGGGAGAUAGUGAGACUUUGGUGGCACAAACAUCUAUUGCUUCUGAUCAUUCUGCAGUAGAUUAUAAUGAUGCUAGCAUGAAGGCUGCUUCUGACACUGAUGCUUCUGCUAUUGAAACCAGUGGAGAUCUAGCUGCACCCACCAUGUUGUCUACAGCAGUAGACUUAGUUAAUUCAGAUGUUUCUAUCAGUGAACCUGAUUCAGCAGCUUAUGCGUCAAAUACAAAUGCUGGUGAUGUGGCAGUUGUAAACUAUGCCCAGCAAGAAAUCCCCAACGUCAUGGCGUAUGAUACUAAUCUAUCCGUGGAUCCAUCUCAGUCUGGUGCUUAUGAGUCUUCUCUAAAUGGCAAUAGCAUCAUUGAAACAGGAAAUGUCACAGCAGUUGCUAUCACUGAAAAUGGGAUUUCUCAUCCUGGGGUUAUUGAAUCUGCUGCUCUGCAUCAACCAGUGGAUGAUUCUGCUCUAACUGCAGAAGAACAAAAAUUGUGGAGCAUAGUGACUGCUAAUUCACUGGAUUUUAAUGCAUGGACUUCCCUGAUAGAAGAAACGGAGAGAACGUCUGAGGCAAACAUUUUGAAGAUUCGAAAAGUUUAUGAUGCAUUUUUAGCUGAAUUUCCAUUAUGUUAUGGUUAUUGGAAGAAAUUUGCUGAUCAUGAGGCACGCCUCAGCUCGGUCGACAAAGUUGCCGAGGUUUAUGAAAGAGCUGUUCAAGGAGUUACAUACUCUGUUGACAUGUGGUUGCACUACUGUAUAUUUGCCAUUAGUACCUAUGGGGAUCCUGACACUAUCAGAAGGCUAUUUGAAAGAGGAUUAGCUUAUGUUGGAACUGAUUACCAGUGCUUUCCACUUUGGGAUAAAUACAUCGAGUAUGAAAUUUCUCAGCAAGAUUGGCCAUGUGUUGCCAAAAUUUACACACGGUUAUUGGAGAUCCCGAAUCAGCAACUAGAUCGCUAUUUUGAAGGAUUUAAGGAGUUAGUAGCCAGUCGGCCUCUAUCAGAGUUGCGAACUCCUGAGGAAGUUGCUGCUGCAAAUUCAGAAGCUGAUGAUCAAAAUGCUGAAGGAGAAGAUCCUGCAAAUGGUGCAGAACAGACUUCUAAGCCUGUAAGUGCAAGCUUAAAAGAUGCUGAGGAGUUGGAGAAGUAUAUCGCCAUUAGAGAAGAAUUAUAUAAGAAAGCUAAAGAGUUCGAUUCUAAGAUCAUUGGAUUUGAAACAGCUAUCAGAAGGCCUUAUUUUCAUGUGCGCCCCCUCAAUGUUGCAGAGCUUGAAAAUUGGCAUAACUAUCUUGAUUUUAUUGAAGGUGGAGAUGACUUCAGUAAGGUUGUCAAGCUAUAUGAAAGAUGUCUAGUGGCUUGUGCCAAUUAUCCUGAAUACUGGAUUCGGUAUGUAUUGUGUAUGGAAGUUAGUGGAAGUAUGGAGCUUGCUGACAAUGCACUUGCUCGUGCUACUCAAGUUUUUGUCAAGAGACAACCAGAAAUCCAUCUUUUUGCUGCUCGAUUCAGAGAGCAACAUGGUGACAUUUCCGGAGCUAGAGCAGCUUAUCAACUUGUUCACACAGAAAUUUCGCCUGGACUUUUGGAAGCCAUCGUCAGACAUGCGAACAUGGAACAUCGACUUGGGAAUCUGGAAGAUGCGUGCUCUUUAUAUGAGCAGUCCAUCGCAAUUGAGAAAGGGAAGGAACAUUCACAGACUUUACCUUUGUUGUUUGCCCAGUAUUCACGCUUCCUUUACUUGGUUUCUGGCAAGGUGGAAAAGGCUAGGGAAAUUCUUGAUCAAGCUGUUGAGAAUAUCCAGUUGUCAAAACCACUUUUGGAGGCAUUGAUUCACUUGGAGUCAAUACAGCCGCUUCCAAAGCGACUUGAUUAUUUGGAUUCACUGGUUGAUAAGUUCGUUGUUUCGAAUCCUGACAGCCCUAAUGUUUCAAGUACUGCUGAAAGAGAGGAGCUGUCAAGCAUUUUCUUGGAGUUUUUGGAUCUCUUUGGAGAUGCACAGUCUGUAAAGAAGGCUGAUGAUCGACACGCUAAACUCUUCUUGCGGCACAGGAGCACGUCAGAGUCGAAGAAGCGCCAUGCAGAAGAUUACUUAAUUUCAGACAAAGCUAAGCUUGCAAAAUCAGUUACUCCAUCAUCCAACCCUUCUGUUGUGGGUGCAUUUCCCAACACGCAAAAUCAAUGGCCGGCAGGUUAUGGUGUACAGCCUCAAGCUUGGCCUCAAGCUGCUCAAGCUCAAGUACCACAGUGGAACCCUGGUUAUACCCAACAGGCUGCAUAUGGCUCAUACGGUAGUUAUGGAACAAAUUAUACUCAUCAACAAGUACCUACAUCAGUGCCUCAAAGUGCUGCUUAUGGAACCUAUCCUCCAUCUUAUUCAACCCAGGUACCUUAAAACCAUUCUCUGAAUCGU